CGGAAGUAAUCAUCUUAUUGUUGCUUAUUGUUGCUAGCUUCACAGAACUCUUAUUGUUGCUAGCUUCACAGAACUUUGAGCUGCUUGGAGAAAACAGAAGGAAAAGAAGAUAGAGAAAGAAAGAGAGCGGACUGCCUUAUCUUGGUGAAAGCCAAUGAACAAAGAUGGAGUCUGUUUACAUUAAACAGGAGGAGGUUCAGGAAUUGGUACCUGUCUGCAUUAAACAGGAGAUGCCUGAACUGGAUCCUGUCCACAUUAAAGAAGAGGAAACUGAACUGGAGCCUGUCCACAUUAAAGAGGAGGAGACUGAACUGGAGCCUGUCCACAUUAAAGAAGAGACUGAACUGGAGCCUGUUCACAUUAAAGAAGAGAUUGAACUGGAGCCUGUCCACAUUAAAGAAGAAGAGACUGAACUGGAGCCUGUCCACGUUAAAGAAGAGGAGACUGAACUGGAGCCUGUCCAUAUGGAAGAAGAGGAGACUGAACUGGAGCCUGUCCACAUUAAAGAGGAAGAGACUGAACUGGAGCCUGUCCACAUUAAAGAAGAAGAGACUGAACUGGAGUCUGUCCACAUUAAAGAAGAGGAGACUGAACUGGAUCCUGUCCACAUUAAAGAAGAGGAGACUGAACUGCAGCCUGUCUACAUUGACGAGGAGUCUAUUGACUUUUUUAAGGAUUCAGAAAGCAUAUCCCGGCCAGAGAUAUCAUAUCAAUGUACUGAAUGUGAGAAGAGCUUCAGUCGGUUAGUAAGUCUACAAACACACCAGCUAAUUCACACUGAAGAGAAGCUGUAUCACUGUAAUGAAUGUGGAAAGAGCUUCAGUCUGUCAGGAAACCUAAAGGCACACCAGCGCAUUCACACGGGAGAGAAGCCAUAUAAGUGUACUGAAUGUGGAAAGAGCUUUAGUCAGUUAGGCAAUCUAAAACGACACCAGCGAAUUCACACUGGAGAGAAGCCGUAUCACUGUACUGAAUGCUGGAAGAGCUUCAGACGGUUAGGAGUCCUUAAAACACACCAGCGAAUUCACACUUGAGCCAGCCUCCCUGACUCCCUCCCAGUCCCUCACCUCUCCACCCUGCUUGUUUGAGUGUGUGGCAGUGCUCGAAUUAUGGGACAAUAAGUAGGGGACCCUAAAAUGUGAGCCUGAAGUGACUGUUAGCACAACCAAUCAAUGUUUCCCUCACAGACUUCACAAGCAUAUACGAACUCCAGUAUGUAAUCACAAUAUUCCAGGACACACUAUUGAUACAAAAUCAACAUGUUUGUUUUUUCUUUAAGGAAACAAAGCGAGUCAACACAGUACUUAUUGUAUUACUAAUUACCAUUGACUUAAAUUAAUAUAGGCACAGCACGGUGGAGUAGUGGUGAGCGCUGCUGCCUCACAGCGCCAGGGUCCUGGGUUUCCAAUCCGGCCUAGGGUACUGUCUGUGUUGAGUUUGCAUGUUCUCCCCAUGUUCGCCUUGCGCCCUGUGUAUGCCAGGUUAGGCUCUGGCAACCCUGUAAAGGAAUAAGCGGUUAAUGAUAAUGGAUGGAUUAAAUUAAUAUCUUAUUUUUUGUCUUGGUCAUAUCCGGUCCAACUCAUGAUGUAUAAUGAAAACGACACAAAAAAACUAGAUGGGAGAAAUGAAAAAGAAAAAAUAAAAGCCUGAUGCUGUUGAGCAGAGAUCCUUAAUCGCAGAAUCUCCCAAACAUACAAAAAGCCAGGUUAGAAAAAUUAGAUCAUCUUUUAUAUUAAAAAAAACAUGAUAUAUUUGUUAAAAUAAAUUUAAGGUUGCAGUUGAAAAUCACAAGUGUCAAGAAAUGUGACAUUCAGGCACGGAACCUUAACUCGCCCCUAUUAUGCCUAUGCGUCACAUCAGAUAUGAUGUCAUAAAUGACAUCAGUAAUGACAUGAAUGUUGUCAUAUCUAAUCACAGGACAACCGCUCUACCAAGACUGCCUAGAAGAACAUUACACAAGGAAACAAUGUGUCUGUGCUGGACUGCAGCUAUCAUGCUUUGUAUGAAAACCACUCUGCCAGUGUAAACACAAUCAUAGAACAAGAUACUUUCAUUGCUCUCACUGUCACUCGGGUCACUAUUUGCACUAUUGUCUGUAGACGUAAUAUAGGUGUUGCAUAAUUACUGCUGUUACUUCCAAUGCAAAACUAGGCACACUUGCCACUAUGCAAAUACUGAAUACUUAAUGCCGAUGCUGGUGCUCCCUCUGUACUUGUCCUCCUUGUCCUAACAGCUGCUUUCUGCAUAGAUCAUUGCAUUCUUCUUGACCGCCUUCAGAAGUAUGCUGGGAUCUCUGGAACCUGUCUCUCCUGGAUGUCCUCUUACCUAUCCGGACCAUUGCAGUCUGUUGUCUAUGCUGGUGUCCCCCAAGGAUCUGCUCUUGGGCCUCGUCUCUUCAAUAUCUACAUGCUUCUCUUGGGUCACCUCAUCUGCCAACACAGCCUCAUGUUUCACUCCUAUGCUGACGACACCCAGCUCUACUUAAAACUCGACCCUGGAAGCCCCUUUGCCAUGGUGCGGCUCUCGGCUUGCAUUCAAGACAUUGAGGCCUGGAUGUCUGCCAAUUUUCUUCAGCUGAACACUAGCAAAUCUGAACUCCUUCUAGUAGGAUAUAAAACCCAACUUAAGAAUCUCAAUAUAGCUGCCCUGAACCUCGGAAACUGUCUGCUGCUGCCUUCCCCCACUGUACGAAGCCUUGGUGUGCUUCUUGACAGUAACCUCUCAUUUGAUGCUCACAUCUCCUCCGUGGUCAAAUCUUCCUUCUACCAUCUAUGAAACAUCUCCAAAGCCUGUCUCUACCUUUCCCUCCUGAAUGCGGAGAUACUUUGUCAUGCAUUUGUCUCCUCUUGACUUGACUACUGCAACUCUCUCUAUGGUGCUCUCCCAGCACACACCAUAAGCUAACUGCAGCUAGUUCAGAAUGCCGCUGCCAGGAUCCUUACCAGAUGUAAAAAACAUGAACACAUCACCCCUCGUCUUGCCCAGCUGCACUGGCUACCUGUAAAGUUCAGGAUUACUUUCAAAACUCUCCUGCUCACCUGCAAUGCCCUUCAUCACACAGGUCCUGAGUACCUCCUCAACUUGCUGUCCCUCUAUGACCCUGCCCGCAAGCUGUACACCACACUUGGAGAACGCUUGUUUAGCUUCAUGGCUCAGACUCUUUGGAACUCUUUCCCAGCUUUGGUGCUUUAAAUCAACUCUGAAGACCCACCUGUUCUCUCUUGCUUUCCAUGCUCUUUAAGCCUGAUAUCUGCUAUUAGCUGAUGUGUUGUUGCUAAUAUAUCAUGUAUUAUGCAUUUUUCAAUGUAUUUAAUGUAUUAUGCUUUUUUGUACUGUAUUUCAUGUAUUAUGCAUUGUUUUUUUACUGUAUCAUGCAUUAUGCAUUUCUCUGUAUUUAAAGUAUUAUGGAUUUGCUUGCUGUUACUGCAUCUUGUAAAGCACUUUGUGAUGGUGGUCCACUAUGUAAGGUGCUAUAUAAAAUAAAGAUUGAUUGAUUGAUUGAUUGA